AUGGCCGACUUUACUUCUGGUUAUUUCACACCGAAAAACUUAUCAUAUUUUUGUGAAGAGGAAGGAAUUUCGAUAGAUCCGAUUUUAAAUCCUCCGGAAGUAAGAGUUUAUACUAUUACUUCUAACACUAAUAAUAUUAGUUGGCAAAUACUUAGAAAUCCUGACCAAAUUGUAUCACAAAUUCUUCCUGGUCCGUAA